AAUCCGAAAUAUAAUGCGAAACUCCUGUCCGCCAUUUCCACUCUUCUACUUUCAGUGUUGCCUACCUCCAUGGCUGGUACCACUUACGGCUUGUCGAUGCCAGCCUCCGCUACAGACGAUCAGGGGACGGCCAUAGUUUAUUUUCUGCCCAUCGACAAAAAUGUAACAAUUUAUGUCAGAGUGUUCAAUUCGACAACGCAAAACACGGAGGAGUGCACUGUGCAUUUAGAAUUGGAUAGUAGUGAAACCGUUUGGGCAUACAAGUGGACCGCUCAAGGAUUCGUGAUGUUUGCCAAUAGCACAGGAAAAUUUGCUAUUGUGGCGGCAGUUAACUCGCUUCCUCUCUCUGACGACGAAUCUGAGCUGCGCACUGACUUCGGCUGCUUCAUGCCAACGCCAAUUCCAGAUCAAAGUAAUUGCAUAUUUUCAGGAAAAAGCAGCUUUUUGGAUGUAAGGCCUAGAGAUGUAUGGCCGUGGGUAUAA